AUGGGUGCAUCAGGCUUAGGUUGUUCUUUAGCAAAGUGCAUUAAUCUCUCAAAUUUGACACUUGAUCUUAAUUUGAAUAAAAUUGGUGCAAUGGGUGCAUCAGGCUUAGGUUGUUCUUUAGCAAAGUGCAUUAAUCUCUCAAAUUUGACACUUUCGCUUGGUGGCAAUUAAAUUGGUGCAAUGGGUGCAUCAGGCUUAGGUUCUGGUUUAGAAAAUUGUAAUAAUCUCUCAAAUUUGACACUUAAUCUUUAUCGCAAUGAAAUUGGUGACAAAGGUGCAUCAGGCUUAGGUUCUGCUUUAGCAAAAUGCAUUAAUCUCUAAAAUUUGACACUUGAUCUUAAUGGCAAUUAAAUUGGUGACGAAGGUGCAUCAGGCUUAGGUUUUGGUUUAGCAAAGUGCAUUAAUCUCUCAAAUUUGACAAUUGAUCUUAAUGGCAAUUAAAUUGGUGACAAAGGUGCAUCAGUCUUAGGUUGUUCUUUAUCAAAUUGCAUUAAUCUCUUAAAUUUGACACUUUCGCUUGGUUAUAAUUAAAUUUUUGCAAUGGGUGCAUCAGGCUUAGGUUGUUCUUUAGCAAAGUGCAUUAAUCUCAUAAAUUUGACACUUGAUCUUAAUGGCAAUAAAAUUAGUGCAAUGGGUGCAUCAGGCUUAGGUUGUUCUUUAGCAAAUUGCAUUAAUCUCUAAAAUUUGUCACUUUCGCUUGGUUUGAAUAAAAUUGGUGCAAUGGGUGCAUCAGGCUUAGGUUCUGCUUUAGCAAAUUGUAAUAAUCUCUCAAAUUUGACACUUAAUCUUUAUGGCAAUUAAAUUGGUGACGAAGGUGCAUCAGGCUUAGGUUUUGGUUUAGCAAAAUGCAUUAAUCUCUAAAAUUUGACACUUAAUCUUUAUCGCAAUGAAAUUGGUGACGAAGGUGCAUCAGGCUUAUGUUGUUCUUUAGCAAAGUGCAUUAAUCUCUAAAAUUUGACACUUGAUCUUAAUUUGAAUAAAAUUGGUGCAAUGGGUGCAUCAGGCUUAGGUUCUGCUUUAGCAAAGUGCAUUAAUCUAUCAAAUUUGAAAAUUAGCCUUCCGUAAAAACAGUUUAUUUGUUUUAGAUUUUGA